CUCUGAGGGAACGAAAUAUAACACUACUGCGCUUACCUUUAUCCUUCCCCUCCCUUGCCACAUUUGAUCAAAGGGAAUGAGAUCAUGUUCAUGUGGAAGUGUGGUUCCUACUUUGUCUUGUCAGUGAAGUUUUGGCUGUGCUCAGUUGGGGUGAAUGUUGGCUCUUGGCCAUGCACUAAUAAGCGACUAGUUCGUUCAGCUUCAUCUUUUGACCCAUUGCUGGAUAAAGUUGGUGAGCCUUUGCGUUUCAGCCAUGAGGACCCUCUCCUGAUACAGCAUCCAUGUGGAAAACAAUUUAAGAGGGGCAUUGCCCCAGCUAUUUACCUUGGGCCACAGGUGUUUCUUAGUUUGGAUAGAUUUGAGAGUAGUCUUCUGCCAGUAGUCAUCCCAAAAGAAAUGACAGUAUCACCAGCCUUGGUUAGUGCUGCUGCCUUUAUUCAGACAACUCGGGUUCUGCUGGUAGUCAAUGGGAACAUUUUUAUUUAUUUCUAUUCACCAUGGACAAUAUGGAAACAGUCAAUUGGAAUUAAUUAUCCAGUUACUGAACUCUCAAAUUAUGAUUGCUGCUAUUCUUUUAUAUAUCCUGGCUGCCUUGAGAUCAGUAGUAUUGUUCUGGCAUAUGAUACAGGCAAUUUGGUUGAGGACAGCCACAUCUUCUACUCAUUAGAUGGAGGCUAUGUGUUUCAGCCUUUACUGAGUAGGCCUCACACAGAUGGCAUACUGCUCGGUGUCUACAAUUUUGCUUCCAUAUCUGAAAUUGGAAUGCUCCUCAAUAAGACUGAAGGUAAUGUGACAUCUAUUUACUUCAUGUAUGGAGACUUCCGGGACAUGAGAAAUGAAACAGGCACACCUUUUGAGUUAGAACCCCAUGACAAUGAGAGAGUUCAAAGCAUACUUCCCCCUGGCAUGAAAGGUUAUAUCAAAUUUUGGACCCAGGACUCUUUCGUAAGCUCCUCCAACAAUGGACUGACAACAGAAGGCAUCACUAUAAUUCCCACAGACAGCUAUCCAAACAAGACCUUGCCUUUGCAUGAAGAUGGUGUAUGCUUUGUGGCUGUUAGCAGUACAGAGAUUGCAGCCCUCACCAGGCAUCAGCUUUUCUAUGGAAGCCUUGACAUGAACUCCAACCAAAUGGUGCAUCUUGGGAAAGAAAAUAGUAACGACACAAGAGAACCUUGUGAAGUGCUGAUGUUUGAGAAUACUGGAACACUUAGCAUCAUAAACCCUGUUCGCAGCAAUGAUUCUGCACAUUACCAUUUUGAGAAAUGCAUCAUCAACAUACAGGACACACUCAUGAAUUUGCGGCCCCCACUGCCAUCUUGUCCUGUAGAGAUCCUCAGUGGUGAGUUCCAUGAUCAUAUGUUUUACAUUGAUGUGAAGCAGCAACUUUAUUUUAAUGUCACAUUUGUGCCCAAGCCAGGCACUGGGGCAUAUCCAUACGUAACGGUGAGCAAUCCCCAUGUCCUGGCAUUCCAAGCACACUUAGUUCAAGAAGGCUAUACCUAUGAUGGAAAUCCUCAAUACAUAUUAUAUAUUAAGUUGCUGGAGCAACAAUUCUCAGGUAUGGCUCAUCAGGAUUUUCAAAAUGAUUAUUUAUUCGGCAAGUUAUCUUCAUUUACUGUGGACAUAUACAACAAAGGCAUAUUUUGUGUUGAUAUGCAUCCAUUGACAGCUCUCAUUGCAGUGGACUGUCCACCUAAGAAACAUAUCAGAAUUGUGAAAACUACAACAGCAUGUAGCAAAGGCCUCUUUGAGCAACGCCUACUACAGAAUUUAACUUAUUUCAUUGAUCGGAAUGUUUAUGAUCCUUUGUUUCGUGGCAGAAAAGGUUUAGCACAGGAAGACCUUAAUGUAACCUAUCGUUAUGAUCUCUGGGGAUGUCCUCUUCUCCUAUAUUAUGACAUUCCAUGGCUUCCACUUCUUGAACUGUGGGAUGAAGAUAAAUUUGUAGAGUAUGUUUCAGCUGAUUUUGUACUGUUUGAAAUAAAUGGAAUGCAUAAUUACGAUUAUCUCCUUACUGAAGUAGAGGCCAAUUGCUUAUCAAAAGCACAGAACUGGACUAUUCAAACACAAGAUGAUCCUGGAGUGAACCUAAGUGGUAGUACAUGGACUAGAAUUAAUUAUGAGAGUUGCAAGAAACCCAGAGGAAAUAAGUCGUUGCCAUCAGCUUCCUCAAAGUAUCAAGUUCUAAAUAUGAAUGAGAAAAACAGAGUAUUAUUUCAACAGUACAAUGGCAUUUAUGUCUUCAAAGUCAUUGUUGUAGAUGCAUUUUAUAGCUACUGUGACCUAACAACAGUUUUCAGUGUUUAUGUGCACGGUGCCCUCCCCAAGUCUGAGAUCAAUGCUGGGAAAACACUAGUCAGCUUUCUGGUUCUCAUUUUUGGCACAAUCUUAAUGGUAUACUACUUUCCUAAAUUAUUGAAAGAGAAUGCAAGAAUGAAGUCAGUUUGGACCUGAUAUUCAGUUUGGACCUGAUAUUUUUGUCAUUUAGUCUCAUGCUCAAUGAAGUAAACACAGGUAUCAAUUCAGAAUGUUAUAACAGCAUUGGAAAGAAUUAUUUGCUUGGUAAACAAAUUACUUUAGGAGUAAUUUAAAUAAAUGCAGCUUCAUUAGUCUGACUACUGAAAGAAACUACUGUACUGUAUUUUGUUUUGGGCUUUGGAAGAAGAUCCAGGUACAAAUUCAAUGAACACAACCAUGUGUCUUAUCUUCAAGAACCACCAAUCCAAUUAGUCAUGAUACAAACAAUAUAUUGUUUUGUUGUAUUUUUAUCCAAUAAAUGAAAUAAAUCCAGUGUUGCGCUGGUAGUCAGACAUCCACAGAUUAGAUCUUUCUUCCUUUCCCCCUGCCCCACAAGUCUUCCAAAGCACCUGAAAACAGCUGCAGAGUAUUCCAUUUAUUUCAUCCAGAAAUGAUGCUGGGGUUGCACAAGGGAGUGAUCAUCCCUCUCCAAUUCAAUUUGAUUCUACUAUGUAUUUCUGACAUGCAUAUUCCUUUAAUCUCCAAGUCAGCAAAUAGCUAGCUUUCAAAUGUCCUCAGGCCGCUUUAUGCAGCGAAACAGUCAUAUUACAGGCACAUGCAACUGCUUGCUUAUCAGUCAUAAUAUUAUCUAAGAGAAAGAGUGUUCCAAGUCAAAUAAAAUGUUUAUAUACAUGUCCAGACCAGACUUGUUUUUAUGUGUAUGUAGCUGAACAAAGUGAUUUGUACAGUUCCUUCUCUGAGCUAGUUGUUAGAAUUGUGCACACAUCAUAUGACAAAAUCAGUGGUAUCAGUUUUGAGCUAUACUGGAUGGUGAAGUUUCCUACACACAAGCUGAAAUACACUGGCCAAAAUACUAUCAGUUAUACCCACAAGCAUCCCACAAUUAAUGUACAUCCCAGCAGUGAAUUGCUGCAAGUACUUAAUACAGUGGUGCCUCGCUUAGCGAUGUUAAACUGCACAGCA